UAUACCUACUGUUGUUUUCUUUUUUUCUUUUUUUUAGUUAGUAAUCAUAGUUACACAGGUUGAAAAGGCUGGAUCUUCAGCGGAUCGAUCGGUACUAGAACUUGUAGCAGUUGGAGAAGCCUCACCAUCUCUCUCUCUCUCUCUCUCUCUCUGCAUAAGUAGUAGUACUUCAGUUGCUGAAACCUCUCGUAGUCCGAAAGAUUAUUAUCAUCUCAGAUCACUUUCUGAUUUACCUUGUAAAUUAAAUAGAUCUUCCAUAGCUUUGGAUAAAUACAAAAAUUUUGCAUUAUUCACUUAAAUCAGUACCAUUCACCAAGGCCAUAUCUGCCGACCAUAAGCACUAAUCAAAUAUCCACCGCCACCACUUUUUCUUGCUGACCAUAUGGGCAUGUUGGGCAUCCGAGACCUUGUUCUCAUUGCUCCGACCUCUUCCAUGCACCAACAAAACCAACCCAUUUCUGCUGAACAUCACCCUAACCUUCCUCUACCUUCCUCAGCCGCCCUUGGUGUAGGUCUCGGCAUUUUCCCGCUUUUAACUGCCACUCCAUGCAUCACACCCUCAAACAAUGGCGUCCAAGACUGUGGCAACUCUAAUAACCGCAACUGUUGGACCCUAAAGAAAGGCCAAGAACUGAGUUCCUCAAACAAAGGUGGGCUUGACGUCGAAAAUGAUGCUUCUGAGCAGAUGUUUGAGAGUAGUGGGAGUGGUAUGAGGGUUUGCAGGGAUUGUGGGAACAAGGCUAAGAAGGAUUGUACUUAUAGGAGGUGCAGGACUUGCUGUAAGAGCCGUGGUAAUGAUUGUGCUACACACGUGAGGAGCACGUGGGUUCCGGCAGCUCGACGGCGGGAUCGGAGGAUGUCGGUGGUGGGCGGUGAUGGUGAUGCUUCUUCCGGGUCUUCCUCUGGGGUUAAAAGGCCAAGAAUUGAGGUGUCACCUCCUAAUGUUAAUGCUACGUCUCAUGCUUCAACAUCUAAUGCUACCACUCCUCGGAGUACUGGCAUUAGCUCUAGCCACCAAGAUGCAAGUUUUAAACACUCCUUACCGCGCCAAGUCCGCGCACCGGCGGUAUUCAGGUGUCACAGAGUCACAGCCGUGAGUAGUGGUGAAGCCGAGAUUGUCUACCAGGCUACAGUGAGCAUCAGUGGUCAUGUGUUCAAAGGGUUUCUCUAUGAUCAUGGGGUUGAUGAUAAAAACUCGUUCCCUUCUGUUUCACAAAUGCAUUUGGAAAGUAGUAGUCGGGGUGGAAGGAAUAGGGAGUCCUCUUCUCCAAUUGUGGCUCCAUCAAAUGCCCAUCCAGGCUCUGGCAGCUGAAGAUUGCUCAAUGGUAUGGCCUUAAAACACUCAAUAGCUUAAAAUUUUCUCUUAUGGUCAUUGGCAGAGCAAAAUGAUUAAUCUAGCUUGAAAUAAAGAUGCAUCAAACGGAAGUGUUCUCCUUACUAACCUCUGGCAUUUGAAUGCCCUGCUUCCUAAGAUGUUUAACUUUCUUCUCCCAAACUUGAGCUUCCCGUACUAGCUAGUCGCUACACUGCUUCCAAUUUGUUACUAGAUUUCUUUUUUAACGAGUUUAGACUUUUAAUCGAGCAUUAAUUAAUUUGAGAAUGGGUGGGUCGCUAUUGCUAUGUCAUUAUACAUCAAUGGAGAAAAGGAAAAGACACUGCACAUACCUUUUGUCUACAUCCACUACAGAAAUGCUAUAAGGCGUUACCUUAGUGCACCUAGGUAUGUACUAGGUGUUGAAAUAUUUAGUGGGGGCCUCGAGUCAUUAUUCGAGGUUCUAACCAUCUGUUUGCGCAUUUUUGUUUUGAAUCUCAUGUUUUCACUGGACUUGUAAAACUUGGUCAAGAUUUUCUUAACAAGAUGUUUGUGCAUAUCAUUACUCCAAUCUCAUACUUUCAUUCAUUCUAAAACUUAGCCAAGGUUAUACUCAUUUAAUCCCUGUAUUUUCCCUUUGUGUAAGGGCACACCAUUGUUUGAAUUAGAUACAAUCUUCUAGUGCCAUGAUAUUGUGCUUAUGUGUAUGUUUUCUGCAGUAAGUAGUGUGGUUAAGAAUUCUGCAAUUGUUAGUGGGAUCUUUUGCCAUGAAUUUGCUCAUACUGGUUCUGAAACGCUCAGCCAAUCUCGGACCAAAACAAUUCCUAAUUAGCUACACAAUGAAGCUUGAUUGUCAACAAAACUUUUGAAUUGAUGUUGCAAUUGUAUCCAACUUGCUUAUGGUGCACCCUGAAGUGGGUUGAGAGUGGAUUUCCCAGCAAUCUUUAAUUGUUGGUUUUGUGGUAAUAGAGCAGUCAUUCGCUUCAGAAAUAUCAUAUCAGUCUCGGGAAGUCAUUACUGACUUGUUGCUGAUUGAAAAUCUAUUCAUUUUGCAAAAUAUUUUCUCUCCUACUACAUUCCUUAGUUGUUAAAACAAAGUAAUGAGACUUUGCAGGACACCAACUAGAAACCGUUUGUCAUAUGGCAGGUGAUGAAUGAAAUCCACCAGUUACAGGUUCUUGGUUCUGCACAAGUUGAGCAUCAGAAUUGGUUAAUGUAAAUUGUCUUCUGCAUAAAUAUAUGAAUGCAAAUAGAGAAAGCAUUUAGCAUUUAGGAGCCUUUCCUUCAGCUCUUAUGUAAGAAAGCAGCAUGUUAUGUUGGGGUUUCAUGGAGAUUCCUGUAUAGUUUUGGAAUGAAAAAACUUGUCCCAAAUGCUUUGAUUCACUUUGAAA